CGAGGCGGCGGCCUCCGAGUUGUUGUUUCCUCCUCCUCCUCCUCCGCCGCCGCCGCCUCCGCCGCCGUCGCUUGAAUGGUGGAGCCGCGGCUCGGCUCGUGAGCUCACGCUGACAGCCACAGGGCGGGCGGCGGCGCCGGGCCCGCUUCCCCUCGCUCGGCGGCGGCGGGCGGCCCCGGAGCCGGCCGGAGCCAUGUCUCGCGAGCGGAAAGGCCUCUCGGAGCUGCGAUCCGAGCUCUACUUCCUCAUCGCCCGCUUCCUGGAGGACGGACCGUGCCAGCAGGCGGCCCAGGUGCUGAUCCGCGAGGUGGCCGAGAAGGAGCUGCUGCCCCGCCGCACCGACUGGACCGGCAAGGAGCACCCCAGGACCUACCAGAACCUGGUGAAGUAUUACCGACAUCUGGCACCUGAUCACUUGCUACAGAUAUGUCAUCGACUAGGACCUCUUCUUGAGCAAGAAAUUCCUCAGAGUGUUCCUGGAGUACAAACCUUAUUAGGAGCUGGAAGACAGUCCUUGCUACGCACAAAUAAAAGCUGUAAGCAUGUUGUGUGGAAAGGAUCUGCUCUGGCUGCACUGCAUUGUGGAAGACCACCAGAGUCACCAAUUAACUAUGGUAGCCCACCCAGCAUUGCUGAUACUCUGUUUUCAAGGAAAUUGAAUGGGAAAUACAGACUUGAGCGUCUUGUUCCAACUGCAGUAUAUCAGCACAUGAAGAUGCAUAAGAGAAUUCUUGGACACUUGUCAUCUGUGUACUGUGUAACUUUUGAUAGAACUGGCAGACGGAUCUUUACUGGUUCUGAUGACUGUCUUGUGAAAAUCUGGGCAACAGAUGAUGGGAGGUUAUUAGCUACUUUAAGAGGACAUGCUGCGGAAAUAUCGGACAUGGCGGUGAACUAUGAGAAUACUAUGAUAGCAGCUGGGAGUUGUGACAAAAUGAUUCGUGUCUGGUGUCUUCGAACCUGUGCACCUUUAGCUGUUCUUCAGGGGCAUAGUGCAUCAAUUACAUCACUACAGUUUUCGCCAUUGUGCAGUGGUUCAAAGAGAUAUCUAUCUUCUACUGGAGCAGAUGGCACUAUUUGUUUUUGGCUGUGGGAUGCUGGAACACUUAAAAUAAAUCCACGACCUACAAAAUUCACAGAACGCCCUCGGCCUGGAGUUCAGAUGAUCUGUUCUUCUUUUAGUGCUGGUGGAAUGUUUCUUGCCACAGGAAGCACAGACCAUAUUAUUAGAGUUUAUUUCUUUGGAUCAGGUCAGCCAGAGAAAAUAUCAGAGUUGGAGUUUCAUACUGAUAAAGUUGACAGUAUCCAGUUUUCCAACACUAGUAACAGGUUUGUAAGUGGUAGCCGUGACGGCACAGCACGUAUUUGGCAGUUUAAACGAAGAGAAUGGAAGAGUAUUUUGUUGGAUAUGACUACUCGUCCAGCAGGCCAAAAUCUCCAAGGAAUAGAAGAUAAAAUCACAAAAAUGAAAGUUACUAUGGUAGCUUGGGAUCGACAUGACAGCACAGUUAUAACUGCGGUCAAUAAUAUGACUCUGAAAGUUUGGAAUUCUUACACCGGCCAACUUAUUCAUGUUCUCAUGGGUCAUGAAGAUGAAGUCUUUGUUCUUGAGCCACAUCCAUUCGAUCCUAGAGUUCUGUUUUCUGCUGGUCAUGAUGGAAACGUGAUAGUUUGGGAUCUAGCAAGAGGAGUUAAAGUUCGGUCUUACUUUAACAUGAUUGAAGGCCAAGGACAUGGUGCAGUAUUUGACUGCAAAUGCUCUCCUGAUGGUCAGCAUUUUGCAUGUACAGACUCUCAUGGACAUCUUUUAAUUUUUGGCUUUGGGUCCAGUAGCAAAUAUGAUAAGAUAGCUGAUCAAAUGUUCUUUCAUAGUGAUUAUCGGCCUCUUAUCCGUGAUGCCAACAAUUUUGUAUUAGAUGAGCAGACUCAGCAGGCACCUCAUCUCAUGCCCCCUCCUUUCUUGGUUGAUGUGGACGGUAAUCCUCAUCCAUCAAGAUAUCAGAGAUUAGUUCCAGGUCGAGAAAACUGCAGGGAAGAGCAGCUCAUCCCUCAAAUGGGAGUAACCUCCUCAGGGUUGAACCAGGUUUUAAGUCAGCAAGCAAACCAGGAGAUCAGUCCACUGGACAGCAUGAUUCAAAGACUACAGCAAGAGCAAGACCUCAGGCGUUCUGGUGAAGCAGGUGUCAGUAAUACUAGCCGUUUGAGUAGAGGCUCUGUAAGUUCUACCCCAGAAGUUCAUUCACCACCUAAUGUUGGACUAAGGCGUAGUGGACAAAUUGAGGGUGUGCGGCAGAUGCACAGCAAUGCUCCAAGAAGUGAAAUAGCCACAGAGCGAGACCUUGUUGCUUGGAGUCGAAGAGUUGUAGUGCCUGAGUUGUCUGCUGGUGUGGCCAGUAGGCAAGAAGAAUGGAGAACUGCAAAGGGAGAAGAAGAAAUAAGGACUUACAGGUCUGAAGAAAAAAGGAAACAUUUAACUGUUGCAAAAGAGAAUAAAAUAAUUACUGUUUCAAAGAAUCAUACUCAUGAGCAUUUCCUGGACCUUGCAGAAUCCAGAAAGCAACAGGCAAACCCACACAAUUAUCGUACAAGAUCUGCACUGGAAGAAACUCCUAGGCCCUUGGAGGAUAUAGAAAAUGGCACAAGUUCAUCAGAUGAAGGGGAGGUAGUUGCUGUCAGCGGGGGAACCUCUGAAGAGGAAGAGAGAGCAUGGCACAGUGAUGGCAGUUCUAGUGAUUAUUCCAGUGAUUACUCAGACUGGACUGCAGAUGCAGGAAUUAAUUUGCAGCCACCAAAGAAAGUUCCUAAGCAUAAAACCAAGAAAGCAGAAAGCAGUUCAGAUGAAGAAGAAUCUGAAAAGCAGAAACAAAAGCAUAUUAAAAAGGAAAGGAAAAAAGUAAAUGAAGAAAAAGAUGGACCAACAUCACCAAAGAAAAAGAAGCCCAAAGAAAGAAAACAAAAGAGAUUGGCUGUAGGAGAGCUAACUGAAAAUGGUUUGACGUUAGAAGAAUGGCUGCCUUCAACGUGGAUUACCGAUACCCUUCCUCGAAGAUGUCCAUUCGUGCCACAGAUGGGUGAUGAGGUUUAUUAUUUUCGACAAGGACAUGAAGCAUAUGUUGAAAUGGCUCGGAAAAAUAAAAUUUAUAGUAUUAAUCCCAAAAAACAACCAUGGCAUAAAAUGGAAUUAAGGGAACAAGAAUUGAUGAAAAUAGUUGGCAUAAAGUAUGAAGUGGGAUUACCUACCCUUUGCUGCCUUAAGCUUGCUUUUUUGGAUCCUGAUACUGGUAAACUGACUGGUGGAUCAUUUACCAUGAAAUACCACGACAUGCCUGAUGUUAUAGAUUUCCUAGUCUUGAGACAACAGUUUGAUGACGCAAAAUAUAGACGGUGGAAUAUAGGUGACCGUUUCAGAUCAGUCAUAGAUGAUGCCUGGUGGUUUGGAACAAUUGAAAGCCAGGAACCUCUUCAACCAGAAUACCCUGAUAGUUUGUUUCAGUGUUACAACGUUUGCUGGGACAAUGGAGAUACAGAAAAAAUGAGUCCGUGGGAUAUGGAACUUAUACCUCAUAAUGCUGUAUUUCCUGAAGAACUAGGUACCAGUGUUCCUUUAACUGACAUCGAAUGCCGAUCACUAAUCUAUAAACCUCUUGAUGGAGAAUGGGGUAGCAAUCCUAGAGAUGAGGAAUGUGAAAGAAUUGUUACAGGGAUAAACCAAUUGAUGACACUAGAUAUUGCUUCAGCAUUUGUGGCCCCUGUGGAUCUACAAGCUUAUCCCAUGUACUGCACUGUAGUGGCAUACCCAACAGAUCUAAGUACAAUUAAACAAAGAUUGGAAAAUAGGUUUUACAGGCGGUUUUCUUCCCUAAUGUGGGAAGUUCGUUACAUAGAGCAUAAUACGCGAACGUUUAAUGAACCAGGAAGCCCCAUCGUGAAAUCUGCUAAAUUUGUGACUGAUCUUCUUCUACAUUUCAUAAAAGAUCAGACUUGCUAUAACCUUAUUCCAUUAUAUAAUUCGAUGAAGAAGAAAGUUUUAUCUGACUCUGAGGAGGAAGAGAAAGAUGCAGAUGUGCCAGGAACUUCCACCCGGAAGAGGAAGGACCAUCAGCCUAGAAGAAGAUUACGGAACAGAGCCCAGUCCUAUGAUAUUCAAGCAUGGAAGAAACAAUGUCAGGAAUUGUUAAAUCUCAUAUUUCAGUGUGAAGAUUCGGAGCCUUUUCGCCAGCCAGUGGAUCUCCUUGAAUAUCCAGACUACAGAGACAUCAUCGAUACUCCAAUGGAUUUUGCCACUGUUAGAGAAACUUUAGAGGCUGGGAAUUAUGAGUCACCAAUGGAGUUAUGUAAAGAUGUCAGACUUAUUUUUAGUAAUUCCAAAGCAUAUACACCAAGCAAAAGAUCAAGGAUUUACAGCAUGAGCUUGCGUCUGUCGGCUUUCUUUGAAGAGCACAUUAGUUCAGUUUUAUCAGAUUAUAAAUCUGCCCUUCGAUUUCAUAAAAGAAAUACCAUAACGAAAAGGAGGAAGAAAAGAAACAGAAGCAGCUCUCUUUCCAGCAGUGCUGCAUCAAGCCCUGAGAGGAAAAAAAGGACCUUAAAACCCCAGCUCAAGUCAGAAAUGUCUACCUCUCCAUUCUCUGCACCUGCACGAUCAGCACCCCCAAGGCACAAUGCUGCUCAGAUAAACGGGAAAGCAGAACCUAGUUCUGCUGUUCGGACUCGAAGCAACCGAGUGGUUGUAGCCCCGGCUAUCCCCGAGCAGCCGUCUACUUCAUCAGCCGCAAAGACUUUGCUUUCCAGACCUAAUACAUCUGCGAUGCCAGCAAAAGCAUUACUAGAGAAUUCCGUGAAACAUUCCAAAGCUAUGAAUACUUUCGUAAGUCCUGAUCAAUCCACUUUAAGUCAUGGCACUAGAAAUAAUUCCACGAAAGAAAAUAUGGAAAAGGAAAAGCCAGUCAAACGUAAAAUGAAGUCAUCCGUACUUUCAAAGGCCCCCUCCACUCUUUCAAAGUCACCAGCUGGCAUUGAUCCAGGAGACUGCAAGAACAGUGCUGUGGUACCAGGAGCCAUUCAAGUAAAUGGCCACGGGGGACAGCCGUCAAAGCUUGUGAAGAGGGGGCCUGGACGGAAACCCAAGGCAGAGGUUAAUGCCAACAGUGGUGAAAUUAUACACAAGAAAAGGGGGAGAAAGCCCAAAAAGCUACAGUAUGCAAGGCCAGACAAUUCCGAGCAAAAUAAUAUGUAUCCCAUCGGAGAUGAAGUGGUUCCUUCUUCGGCAUGCAAUUUUCUUUCUGAAAGUAACAUUGGUAAGGAGGAUUUGUUACAGAAAAAGAGUCGUGGAGGCAGAAAACCCAAAAGGAAGAUGAAAACACAAAAAAUAGAUUCCGAUCUCCCAGUUCCCACGAAUGUUAAAGUGCUAAGGAGAAGUAACAGGAAAAAGACAGAUGACACUAUAGAGGAGGAGGAAGAAGAGGAGUUUGAAGAACUCAAAGGCUCUGAACCCCACAUGAGAACUAGAAACCAAGGUCGAAGGACAGCUUUUUACAACGAGGAUGACUCUGAAGAAGAGCAGAGGCAGCUGUUGUUCGAGGACACCUCUUUAACUUUUGGAACUUCUAGUAGAGGACGAGUCCGAAAGUUGACUGAAAAAGCAAAAGCUAAUUUAAUUGGUUGGUAACUUGAGCCAAACUAUUUUACUUCAAAAUCUAUAAAGCAGGUACAGUUAAGGAAUAGGUAGAACUAAAGCUUCUGCUUCCUUGCUGCUAUGAUGGAUUAGGGAAUGUUAUCAUUUGACUUGCAAAAAAAAUUUAAAGACACUUCACUUCUUUAAAUGAAAGUAUAUAUAUAUAUAAAUAUAUACAUAUAUAUUUUAAAUGUUUGCUAUUUAUUGCCCUUAGAUAGGUUAUGCAUUUCCACAUUCAUUUCAUUCACUGUCUACAACAAAAGAAAUUGAGGAUCCAUAAUGAACUCAAUUUAUUUAUGAGAGACAGUUUUGCUACACUCGUAAAAAAACAUAAUGUUCUUAGUGAUAGAGAAUUUCAUGAAUUAAUUAUUUUUGACCAAGCAAGGUACAUUUUUAAUUGAUAACAGAAGUCAUGGCCUCAUGCUUCUAGGAAGACAUGUUACUGAGUAGCAGUAAAUUGAGAAAUGUGUUUCCUCUAAAGAUAAGUAAAAAUUCACACCAUUCAAUAUAUUCAGUACCCUAAAAGGUUUUAGUUAUAGACUGUUCAUCUACAAAGUAUCUGGAGGAAACUUCUACUUUAUUCCAUUUCUGCCAAACUUAAGAGAAAGUGUACUGAUGAAAAGGAAACAUAUCCACAUUGGAAAACACUGACUGUCUAAUUUUUCAGACCUUGAUUCUAUAUCUAUCACUCAAUCUCUGUUUAUUGUGCCAAAGACUGAGAAUCAGUGCAGUGGAAAGCCUGUUUUUGACUGUUAGGACAGCAUAUGCGUUUCAGUACUGGAAAGGCUAUAUAUUCUAAAGAGCAAGUUAUUAAAGAAUUAUGCUGAGAUAUAUCUUUUUUUUUGGUACUAAUAGUAGAAAAUUAUGCACUGGUGGGUCCUUUGACAGAGAUAUCUUAGAGAAAAUGUUUUAAAUGGUUAAAGGAUUCAAGGAAGAUACAGGAAAAAGGUAUGGGAUCUGAUGUUUACUUAUUGAUCUGGAUUAAUGUCAUUUCUAAACUUUAGACAUAUCUGAUAGGCUAAAAAUGGCUGAGAAAGAAACAUGUCUGUGUGUACGUAUAUAUAUUGAUAAAUGGGUAUAAUUAAAUAUAUAUACAGACACAUACUUAUAUACUAUUACCCAGGUAUAAUUUUUUUUCUUUCAGGAUUUUUUAGAUAGUGGUAGAAUAAAAAUAAUUUUAAAUUGUCAUACUUUAUAGUUUAAUUUUAAGAGGAAGAUUGGUUAUUUUCAAUUAUUAAUGGUUAAAAUAGGCCAAAUCACUUUUUAUGCAAUCAUGUUUUCUACAGUGGUCUCAUUGCACAUUGUGUUCUUUCUGCACUUUUUACGGUAUCCUUAUCACGCUGGUAUGUCAAUAUACACCCUAAAGAAAAAACUCCAUUUAAUGAUUGUGCCUUGUAUUCUAUUAUUUUUUGCAUCAUUAGUAAAAUUAAGUUGUCUAUUGUAAAUGAUAACUAUAUGACUUAGGAGAAUGUAUUACUAUAUGUACUGCUAUGGAAAAGGAAAGCAGUUAUUUAUUUGUUUAUGGUACAGUUAGUUAUUUUAUACCUUAAAAACCAACAUAAAUACCACUUCUAUUGUUUAAAAUUUAUUGUCCAGUUUUUAAGUGUAAAGAAUGUAGUAUUUUCUGAGGACUGAUGGUACAAAAAAAAAUGUAACCAAAAAUUUCAGAUACUACAUUUUUAAAAAGCAAGGAUGGAGAAAGUAUAUAUCAGCAUGAAUGACCCUAAUGUAGAAAAAUAAAGUCUUUAAUUGAACCUUGGCAAAAUACUUACAAAAUUACAUUAUAUAAUUAUUUCUUCACCUGUUUCUGAUAAGGAUAAAUGUUACCUGUCAUUUAGCUGUCUUGAAGAAUGAAAAGUGAUGCAUUUGGGAUUUUUUUGAUGGUUUGUAUCUAAAUUUGUAUAGAAGCCCCUAUGUGACAUUAAGUAAACCAUUUUCCAGAUCUUGACUGGAUGGCUGUGAUUUUGCAGUUGAAAAAUAAUUUCAAAAUUUUUCAGGUUUUUUGUAAUUUAUUUUUUUCUAACAAAUAUAUUCAACUAUAUAAUUAAAAUUCAGUAAACUCUUCAUAAUGCAGAAAUGGAUAAUGGCUUUGUUGUAUAGAAAAGUUUCAUUUCCAAAUAUUAAUAAUAAUGUGUAUGUUUGAAAUUAAAGUCAUUAAAAUUACUUGUUGCUUUUGAAAGCAAUCUAUUUGAAAUAUGUAAUUUCCUGAUGUUAUCUGCAUUGUAUUAGAAAAAUAUUAAUACUCAAGUCCACUUUUGUAUAAACUGUCUAUAGUUUUAAGUGUGUACAGAAAAUAAUGGAAGAGCAUAUACAGUCUCAGUGUGGAAUACCUCUAGUAUGGUGUAUGAAACUAGUUCCAACUACAUGCAAAGAAGUGAGUAUUCGCCAUCUUUCCUAUAACAAGUAAAAAUAUAUUCCUGUUCUAAAACACUGUAUAUUUAUGACUUUAUUUGGACAUUUUCAGACACUGGUUUCUUAGUAAAGCAAAAUUACUUGGAUCAUAUUAUUUGUAACUAACUGAAACAUUUAAAAUGUACUAGUAAUACCAGAUAUAUUUAGAUUUUAUAUUUUUAUAAUUUAGCUUCUAUAGAUUGCAAAAUUGAAUUAAGAAGUUUAAAUCCAUCACUCUAUUUUUGUUUUGUUUUACCAUUUGUGACAGUAAUCUCAUGUAUGUACUCUUUAUAGGCCAGAAGGAAAUGUUGGCACUUGUCUUAGGUAAGCAAUAAAAAAAAAAAAUAGAUCAAGUUUUCUGAACCUUUCAGAUAGGCAACUUGUUACUUGCAUGGGAUGUAGAAAACUACUUCAAUAUUCCUAAGCACCAAAUCAUAAUAUUCUUUCCUCUACCCCAAUAUCGUCAGUCCCUAAAUGAAACUUAGAAAAUUAAAAGGUUGCGUUGCCACUGAAUGAUUCCAGUAUUUAAUUACGAUUCUUAACCUUUGACAGUAGAUGUGUAAUUUCUGAAAAAUUUAUCUUUUGCAAUAUAUUAGAGCGUUGAUAUAUUUUCUGCAUCUGUUGAUGAACUUAGUGGCCUUUUUUCCAUGGUUUCCAUCAAACAACUUCGCUAAAAAUUUAAAGACUUUGAUGCCAUUGUUAUAAACCUGUCUUCCUUAAAUAUAAUUAGAGUAACCAGAGUAUUUGUGAACUAAUUAGGUCACAUCUGAGACAUAAAAAAAUGAACUUUAGUUUCACUAGAAAAUGAACUAAAACGCAGAAAACAUCCUUCUAGCAUACAUAUUAACAUCCAGAACUGCCCUUUAUCUGCAGUGUAGUAAUAGACUCAUCAAACUUUUAACAAGUGUAUUGUGUAACAUUUUUAUCUUGUUUGAGUUUGAUCUGAGCAGCACUUAAAUGUCAUAAAAUAUCAUUUGUAACCAGGUAGUUUGCCUCCAGUUAGAGUUCCUGACAUUGCAGUUUGUACAUACUUAAUAUUUCUCUCACAUGUAAGCUGGAAGCGGUUUUGAUUGUCAGCUUUCUAUCUUAAGAAAAUAAAUGCAUUCUGAAUGCUUUUGUACACCUAAAAUUUUUAUUUUAGAGUGGUUGAAAGGACCAAUGUUCUUGUGAUUACAGGGCUAUAAGUGUUCACUGUGGAUGCAGGAGAUAGAUUUGUUUAAAAAAAUCAUAAGAGAAGUUGUUUUUAUCUUCUGGGCAUUUCCCUCAGCUUAUCUAGAAAAUAGAUUUGGUUUUUUUGUGGGGUUUUUUUGGUGGUUGUUGUUUGUUUUUGUUGUGGGGCUUGAACUCAGAGCCUGGGCACUGUCCCUU